UCGAGAAAGUGAUGUUUUUUGGUUUGAAGGGAGUUCUGGUCUAUUUGUCAACAUGGUCAGGGGGAAGGAGUGUGAAUUUUGAGGGAAUGAGUGAAGUUGUUUGGGAUUGUCGAAAAGAAUUCGCUUAUUUGGAAGAGGUUUUUAGGGUUUUGAGAUGUGAAAGGGUCAGUCGUCAGUGAUAAAAAUCCCGACCCUCGCUAUCAAAAAUUCUCCCUGAAUGCCUGACAAUGCCGGGAGCAAGACGAAACCCCUCGAGAAAUGGCCCGGGGCGGCUGCUGAACGUCCCCUCCCCCACGUCCCCCUCGCCGUCACCCCCCCAGAGCGAUGACAAGAAGCAGGACUCCCCAAACGGUAGACUCCUGGCCCCCAAGCACGUGCCCAUCCCAGCAGUCCCAGUGGACGAUCAGCUGACCUUCGAGGCCCUCUCACUGGGCAUCUCCAUCCUGGCAGCUUGCCUCCAACUCCUGAACCUGUACAGAACAGUCUGGUGGCUGCCCCAGUCGUACAACGACUACAGCAUGAAUUUCUACCUCAUCGACCCCUACCUCCUCGCCUUCAUCUUCACGAUGGUGGCCAGAAGGUUCGUCUACGCACUGCUAAGACGAUUUAUCGACGCUGUCAGCCCCGCCAGAUGGCUGCCAACCACCCAGAGAACGAUGAGGAUCAUCCUCCUUAUUUUCGUCGUGCUGAUCCUCCUGUGGUGCCUCUACUACAUGAGCGAGAGACACAACUCUAUGAAAGUUUUCUAUCUCUGCUACCCCAGCAUUUCCGUCUACUUCCUCAUGUUCGGGGUGAGCAUUGGACCCUUCUUCGACAUCUCGACAGCUCCACUUUACGUCAAGGAGGACAGGAAGACGAAAUUCCUGCUGGAUAAACCGCUGCACAACUGCUCGCUCAAUGCCCCUGCCAUCAGGGCUGAGGUCUCCAGUCUGCGCUCGGAUUUCAACAGGAGGCUGAAGAGAGCACUGUUCGCUUCCUCAGGGAGCGCCUAUGUCUGCGGAAUUGCUCCGGUUAUCUUUGUCCCCCAACACCUGCACUUCAAUUUCACGUGGGUCGUGCAGCAUAUUGUGCUCUUUUGGCUGGGAAGGGUCAGCGCACAUUUCGCACAGGCGUAUCCUGUCAGAUAUUGCGAUGUUCUGCAUCGAGCGGCACUGCACCUGGGAAAAUGGGCGAAAGUCGAGGGGAAGAAUGUUCACAUACCGUCGCAGCUGUGGAGUGACUCUGUUCUGUGGCCCCACGGAUCUCUCGUGAAGUAUAACAAGGAGUUGUACAGGUCUGAGGGACUGUGCACUGCGGCAGAACCAGGAAACUCAAGUCAUUACAGGUUUUAUGCAUUAUUCAGCAAUCCAACAAUGCUGAUAUGCUCCCUCCUGAGUCUUCAAUUAGUUCUCGUAGCAGUGCAAUUACUCAUACUAUUAAGAACCGUCGAGUGGUACCAGGUACUCUCAAUGACACUGCUACUCGUUACCAAUUACUACACUCUCUUCAAACUAGCGAGGGACUACCUCAUAUGCUGGAAAGUUUACCGAGCUGAACGAAUUGUACAGGAGAGAGCACAGGCUGCCAUAAACGUAACUCAAUAGUCAUGUACCUUGUCACUUGAAUAAUUAAUACGUAAGAAGAGCUGUUUUUCUUUUCUCUUGUGAUAAAUGAUAAAAUGUGAUUGAUGAAUUA